AUGGCGAAUCUCUCUGGAGUUGAGAACAUGCAGAAGAAGUUGGUAGGGAGCCUGACACAUAAGAUGACAGAAUUUGAAGACAGGCUAAAGGCUGCAUCAAAUCCUACUAACUUAACACUUCUGCAACUACAAAAUGAAUACUACACCUUCAAGGAAUUGGUCUCGUCUGUGUUGAAACUUAUGCAGCAACAGAUUCAGGAGUGUGUUGAAAGUUUGGACUACAUCAAUAUGCAUAAACGAAGGAAAGCUCUGGUUUUCAACGGCAUAGUGGAGUCCUCGAAUGAAAACAUUAUGCAAAAAGUUCUGCCCUUGCUGCAUGAGAAAAUGGGCCUCACUAAU